AUGAGCGCAUCUGAGGGCAUAUAUGCCCAAACGCUGCGCGGACGGACAGCUAGCUUGUUGAUUAGGGGUAUAUGCAUCAAGCCUUUGAUGAACACAGUCCACAGCUGCAUUUACAUGGGCAUGUCCAUGGUGGUGGUAGUGGUGGUGCUGGUAGUGCUGGUGCUGGUAGUGCUGGUGCUGGUAGUGGUGGUGCUGGUGCUGGUAGUGCUGGUGCUGGUAGUGGUGGUGCUGGUAGUGGUGGUGCUGGUAGUGGUGGUGCUGGUGCUGGUAGUGCUGGUGCUGGUGGUGCUGGUGCUGGUAGUGCUGGUGCUGGUAGCAGUGGUGCUGGUCAUGCUGGCGGACAACCCGUUGUAA